CACAGUGUGGGAGGCAGCGCUGAGCGCGAGCUGAUGCUGUGCCGGAGAGAGAUUUGGGAUUCGGGUUGUGCGCUUUUUAUCGGUAUCAUUUUAAUAUUUAAAGCCUCCUGUAUAUUUUUUCAGCCAUGGAGGAGGAGAACGGUCCCGUCUCGCGCGUCGUGAUCGCUUAGAAAGAAAAAAUAAGCCCAUUAAAUCCGCUCCUACUAUAAAUAAAUGGUUUUGGAGCUGGCAGCGCCCGCAAGUGCAGGCCCGCUGCUGCAGCGCUCCAUCCCGUACAUCGAGCGUGUUUUCCGGGUCAGGGUGAUCUGCAGCGCCGCCGACACCCACACACGCACCCACGCACACACCGACACCGGGACACACACCGACACCGCGAGAGACACCGAUCCCGAACUCAGGAGCGAGCCGGAGACCGGCGGCGGUGUGGUCGUGAUCAUCCACGAUGGCACGGAGGAAGACUGCAGCAGGGCUAAAGACUACAUCGUGUCCCUGAUCUCUCCGGCACAGAGACAUCAUGAGCGUUUGACCCUGUGGCUCCAGCGUCGUCUUCGUGAGCCAGAGAGCUCCGAGGCCCGAGAGCAUGCGCCCAAGCUGAUGGAGGACGAGGAAGGAGAGGAAGAAGGGAGUAGCUCGGAGAGUGAAGGAGAGAGACGGAGUGCAGAAAGAGAACACGGAGGAGCAGGUGGAGGAAGAAGAAGGAAACACGAGCUGAUGAUGGCGACUAAACCUCACCGACAGCUGUGUCGCUCUCCGUGUCUGGACCGUCCGAGUUUUAGCCAGAGCAGUACGCUACAGGAACUGCGUGCUGAUGAGUCUCUAGCCACUCCCACUUCCACAUCACUGACACUGCCCACUUCCUCACUGGGCCACACCCCUUCCGAUCGGGACUACCAGAGUAAAAUGGAGUUUGCACUGAAGCUAGGCUACUCCGGUGAGCAGGUGGAGGCCGUGCUGAGCAAACUGGGACCGAGCGCGCUCACUAACGAUGUCCUGGCCGAACUCGUACGUCUCGGGAACAAAGGAGAAAUCGAAACACAAACGCAGAUGCAAACAUCCACAGGACAAACACCAGCAGGGUCAACGUUAACCCCACGUGGCUCUGGAGCAAAAGAAGCUGUGAGUCCUGAGGCGUCACUCGAGGAGGAGACAAAUGACACGUACGAUAACCUCCGACCCAUCGUUAUAGACGGAUCCAACGUUGCAAUGAGCCAUGGAAACAAAGAGGUUUUCUCAUGCCUGGGCAUCCAGUUGGCAGUUGACUGGUUCCUGGAGCGAGGACACAAAGACAUCACAGUGUUUGUACCAGCCUGGAGGAAAGAGCAGUCCCGACCCGACGCUCCUAUAACAGAUCAGGAAAUCCUUAGGAAACUGGAAAAAGAGAAGAUCCUCGUCUUCACUCCUUCUCGUCGAGUCCAGGGACGACGUGUUGUUUGUUACGACGAUCGCUUUAUCGUUAAAUUGGCGUGCGAUUCGGACGGCAUCAUCGUGUCGAAUGAUAACUAUCGAGAUCUGCAGAAUGAAAAGCCAGAGUGGAAAAAGUUCAUUGAAGAACGGCUCCUCAUGUACAGUUUUGUCAAUGACAAGUUUAUGCCACCAGAUGACCCGCUAGGCAGACAUGGUCCAAGCCUGGAAAACUUCCUACGCAAGCGACCUGUUGUCCCUGAGCAUAAAAAGCAGCCAUGUCCUUAUGGUCAGUACAACAAAUGUAAGAAGUGCACCUAUGGUCACAAGUGCAAGUACUACCACCCAGAGAGAGCAGCGCAGCCUAUACGAUCUGUCGCAGACGAACUCAGAGCUUUUGCCAAGCUGUCUGCCGUCAAAACCAUGAGUGAAGGUGCUCUCGCAAAAUGCAGCUCAUCUGGUGCCAUUGCAAAAGGAGAUUGUUCUGAGGUGAAACGAGUGGCACCGAAACGUCAGUCGGACCCGAGCAUUCGUUCAGUGGGAUGCGACCAGGAGGAGCGACUCUGCCCGGCUCGGAAAGCCGAAGCAAGCUCGGUUCCUUCUUUAGUGACAGCUCUUAGUGUCCCGACCAUGCCGCAGACAAAAAGUCAUGCAGCCGGGGCAUUAAACACUCGUUCUGCUAGUAGCCCAGUUCCAGGGUCACUUCACUUCACACACAGCUCAUUAGAACAUGCAGGAAGCAUCCAAUACCCUCCAAUCUUGGUCACCAACAGCCAGGGUGCCUCCAUGGCAUACAGUGAACCUUUUCCCAAAUAUGAUUCUGUAGUUAGUGACCAUGGAUACUAUUCAAUGCUGAGCGAUUUCUCCACCAUGAGCUUAGGAAGCAUGCAAGACAGCUUCUGUAGCUUAGAACAGCCAGAUCCGGUUGGAGUUGGAGGAGGAUAUCCCGGUCGAGCUUCCAGCAUUUGUCCUGAAUCUGGACGCAGCCACUCUUCAGACUCAUUCUCCUCCUACGGUGGAGAGAUGUACUCCAUGGAAGGUAGCAUGGAUGAUGGGAUGAAGGUUCCACCAUCAGUUCAAUCCCAAGUGCAAUCUCAAGCACAGUCCCGCUUGCAAGCAUUUGCUCAUGGGUUUCACCAUGAGGCUUUGACAAGAGUCCAAAGUUAUGGCACGGAUGAACCCAAACCUGGGCCACGCAAACAAACCUCGGCCCACCUCGUGCCUCACGCGCAGCACCCAGUGGUUGGAGCUCGAUCCAGUUGCCCGGGUGACUAUCCUCCGCUUCCCCAGAACGUGUUGCCUUCGUCUGGCCCUGCUCAGCCAGGCAGAUCUUUGGGAAUGACAAGAAUGGACAGCAUUUCAGAUUCCCGCCUUUAUGAAAGUAAUCCCCUCCGGCAGCGUCGGCCCCCUCUGUGUCGAGAGCAACAUGCUAGCUGGGAUCCUUUACCGUGUGGGAACGAGCCUUAUGGGUAUGGAGGUUACGGACUGACGGGAGGACUCAUGCCUUGCUGUGAACGAGUGAUGGUUCGGAGUAUGCCAGAAAAGAUGGAACAGAUUUGGAGGUCACCGUGGGAUAUGCAGCCAGGACAUCACGGACCAGUGGAACCGCAAGAGCGCCAUCCGAUCCCUGAACAUCAGUACCAGACUUACCGAAACCUCUGCAAUAUCUUCCCAGCAUACGUAGUCCACUCGGUCAUGGAGAAGAAUCCUCAUAUGACAGAUCCUCAGCAGCUGGCAGCAGUUAUUGUAACGAAACUACGGUCCUCUCAUUGAGUAAAUGAAGGAGAAGCAUUACAACGUUUUGUAAAGCUUACACAUUUUUUAAAAUGGAUCUACACAGCCAGUCACACGAAGAUCAAAUUCCUUUUUCCUAUAUUCUAUUUUUUUAAUCACCCUGGUGAUCUUUCCGUAUCCAAGCAUAACUAUUUUUUGCAUUAGCAGCAUGAUUCAGAUUACCAAUGCUACAUCAUGUAGCAUUAGUCCGAGUUGGCCGAAGUUCGAUGAUGGGCCUCGUACCGAGGUUAAAGAAAUCACCCACUGAAGAAUGAAGCAAGUUUGUCUUUUGCUUAAGGUGUAUUAAGCAAUUUAAUUCUUUAGAUUCAUAACUUUUAGGUUUGAAAUUUGGCCAAAAUGCACUUACAAGAUCCGAGUGUAGAUCAGUGAUGACCAGCUGUUUUUAUUUUUAUAAGUUUAAAGUGCUGUAUUUUUCAGAAAUACAUUAUAUUGAACUCUAUAAAAACUCCUACCAACAAAUUCUGUCUGCUUGGAGAGAAAAAAACGAUCCUACACAUUUCUCUGUUGGAUUAAUAUUGCAGGCAUUUACAUUUGAUUAAAUUUAGGCUGAUGUGCAAAUUAUACGCUACGUCGUAUAAACCUGCUAGAGAGAAAGAAAAUGUCGUAUUCUCUGGAAAAUACAGUACCAUUUUCAGUCAUUUUGUCUCUUAAGGAUCGUUAACUUUAGUUGUUUUAUGAUUAACAUAUUUCCUUUUAGUAUUAAAUUUAAUUCUUAGGAAAUAAAUAAUUUGAAAAACCCUGUAGCGAAACACAGAUCAGAAACAAUUGUGAUAUGAGAUCGAUUACAGAUUCACAAAUUGCACCAGUGUAAAUAUCGUGACUGUGCGAUUAUCUUAUGUUUUAUUUGCCUCGUGAAAAGGUGAAAACGUGAAAUUUCCGAAAGGAGCGUUAACUCUGGAGUACCUCAAAGCAUGAACUUUGACCUUUUUAAACUUUUAUGGCCUUACAUCGUGUGACCUCACCACAAGUGUGUUAACGUAAUAUAUAAAUAUAUAUAUAUUUUUCUGAUGGUUGUUGAGGUCACCGUGUGUGUUUAGUAUUUAAGCACUAGCGGUUAUUUAGAGCAAUUAUUUUCCUGUGUUAGCGAUACCACUUUGCAAAGACUACCUUGGUAUUUGGAGUGAAACACCGCUGACCUGCCAAAAAAAAAAGCAAACAGUAUCCCUAUCUCCUCACUCGCACUAAGCCAUUUAAAACAUUAUAUCACGCUGCUUAAACAAGGCCAAAAAGAUAAUCAGUGUGUGUUUGAGUGUUACAAAAAUGCUAGCUAGUAGCUAGCGUUAUAUAGCCUGUUAGACGUGUUUAUUGUGCAGUAACUUUACAGAAUCUAGAAAUUUUCUCAGAUUAAAUUUGAAAGUGUUCUUUACGUGGUCUUUAAGCUCUGUUUUGGUAACAGAUUGGUAUUUGAGCUGUGUAGGUCAUGAGCGAUAUGACAUUUAUUUUCAAAUUUGCGUGUUUUAAUUGCUGGAAGUUAAUUGCUGGAAAUAUACAGCGGCAGUGAUUUAUACGGAUGAUUUUAACUUUGGUCUGGAAACUGCCGAGCUUGUCCACCUUGACGUCAUCGGUACAAUAGACAUAGUAGCUUAGUAGCUUGAAAUAAUUUUUUUUAGCUACUCAUCUUGCUAAAUUAGCUAGCUUGUGUUACCAGAAGAUUACUAGCUAAUAGCAUUACAUGAGUCUUAUGUGUAAUUAGCUAGCUAGCUCAACACUGUAACCUGGGCUGGGUCCUGAAACGUCCAUUUUGUAACGAUGACGUCAACGAGGACUCAGUUAUUUUACUAAUCGUACGUGUCGAUUUUAGCAUCAGAACUGUAGUCAUUAUAGCUUUAAUAAGCUCCAAAUUGAUGCAUGAGAAAUCAAGAGCUUGACACUUAAUUGGCUCGAUAGUCAGUUAAGACGUAUAGCAACUUAACGAAAUUUGUGCAUUAAUGAAGGGAUGACAGUUGGUGUGUCUCAUCAGCAAAAUGCUCCUGAAGAGCAUCUGUUUUCUGAUUGGUGCUGGGAGACGCCGCCGUUCUGACCGUCUUUGUAUAUUAUAUUAUUAUAUUAGCACAAGCUUAGUAGAAUCCUUGAAUGUUCCAGACUUGGAGAAGUGUCUCUGCGUCUGGGUGGAAAAAGGACACUUUAUUUCGUUGUUGUAGUUUGCUGGGGUUUUGUUUUCAUGAGCGCAGGUUACCGCUCGUGCGAAGGUUGGGACACACUGCCUACCUGUUUCUCCCUGUGCGAUACACACACACUCAGAACACCAGGCUGUCGUUGGGUUGUUUCUUACAUUUGAUUGACGGGUCGCUUGCUGCUAAUUUUUCUGCGCUCUUUUUUUAAUUCUUUUGUUCUGACUUUCACACGGUGAUAUAAAUUGUUUUAGCAUUUACCACUACAUAGGUUCCUAGAAAGGUUCCUGGAUCCAUGUAAUGGUUUCUGAGGUCCUGAAAAGGUUCCUCAGUUCUCAAAAAUUUUAGGACAUAGCCAAACUAGCUUGGCUAACUUCCCCAGGCUACAAUAUUCUUCCAGUUCCAGACAUACAAUAUGCAACACACCGAUGGGUUCCUGAAGAGGAGAUAAAAAGGUUCCUGGAACUAAAAUCAGCCGUACAUACUGCAGUUUAAAUGUGUUUAAUUUUAGUUCCUAAAAUAGUUCCUUGAAAAGGUUCCUGAUUUCUUUAAAAUGUUUCUGGGAUCCUGGAUAAAAGUCUCACCAGGCUUCCUGAAAAAGAAUUCCAGAAUAGGUUCUAGGCUCCUAAAAAGGAACCCGGAAUGUUUCUCCCAGAUCCCAUACAUCUGUUGUAGGAAGUGGGUUGAAAGUGUUGUGAAUCCUGAUCAUGGUCGUGUUUUCCUAAAGCUCCAAGUAAAGUUCACUGUUAUUAGUUCCUAUUUAAAAUAUUUGGACAAAUUGGGAACCAGUUUGUGGUCAUAUUUAAAUCUGGGGAAAAAAUAGAAGGAAAGGAAGUUUGUUAAACAUCGAUAACAUCAUCGAUAUUUAACCCCAGAUGUAACGAUCAGCCUGGAUGUGGAUCUUGUGGUCAACUCUGAAGCCUCAAUGCGAUGAGGUUGAUGUCCGUACUUUCUUGACUACAUUUGAGGUAAAUCUCUUUUUUUUUAUUUAUUUAUUUGACCUGCAGCAAGUUAUCACGCCUCAAAUGUCUAGAAACGACCUUUGCUUGUUGAUACAAAUUGUAUCUAUUUCUUGAUUGUAAAAAACUUGAGCUGUACAGUAUUGCAUAAAUACAUAUAUAUAUAUAUAUAUAAAUAUAUAGAGUUAUAUAUCUAUAAAAAAUAGCUUAGUUUUAUUUAAAAGGAUAAAAAAAAACACAUUAAUGCCAUAAUGUUAGUGACACUAUGUGUCACUAGUGUAGCCCAAACAGAAGGCUUGUUUCCUGCCGGGCAAGAUGUCUAUAGACAGGGAUCUCUCACAUCCUCAUCUCUCUAUCUCAUGUCUUUUACUCUCUUUUUCUCCCAUAUUAAAAGACUUUAUGUGGCUACUGAGUGGGCGUGGUCAAUAAAAUGUGACUGACUGAUGUUAAUCUGUCAGAUAUGGUUAGGAGAAAAGAGACACGCCCACUCACCAAAGCCCUGACACACCUAGCCGACGCCGAAGAACCGACAGCACCAAGAAGUGUGACUGAGAUGUAGCUAAACCGCCAACGUCGCUACCAUAUCAGUCAAUGUUGGUAGAAAAAAAAAGAAAGACAGAUUUCUAAGAAUAAACACAACAGGAACUUUUCCUAGGUUCGAGAAAUUGUUCCUAGUUCUUUAAAUGGUUUGUAGCUUCGUAAAAGCUUCGAUUCCUAAAAAAGGUUCCUGUGAUCCUGAGAAGUUCCUUUAGUUCCUGUUAGUUAAGUUAAAUGUUACUGAAAGGAUUUCCAGGUUCCUGAAACAUUUGGAUCCUGAAUAAAGUUCUGGGUUUAAGGUGUUCUGGAACUAAUUACAUCAGUUUUGUAGUUUUACUGAAACACAAUAAAACACAGUUUCUCUUUAUUAAGCUUCUGCUGCCAUCCAUCGAUACGGAACACGCCGGAAAUCACCUCCGGUCCAGUUGGCUCGGUGUGUCAGAGCCCAAACAUGUUCUCACACAGGAACAGGAAGUGACCUCACUCUCUCUCUCACUCUCUCUCACUCUCUCUCACACUUUUAUGUCCCUCUGAUGUAUAGAUGGGGGUAACACACACACACACACACACACACACACACACGGACUGUAUGCUACUGUCCAAAUCUAUAUAUAAACACAUAUAUAAAUAUUUUUUCUUUUGUAAAUACUGAAACCACAUGAAUUUGCACAGUAUUAGUGCUUUUUACAAGCAUGUACACACACACACACACACACACACACACACACACACACACGUCACCUUGCUAUCUCCAGCUAGCCAGGGUUUCUAUGUGUAAUAAAUAAUAUGAAUAUGAAUAAAUCGCUCUGGACUUUUGUGUGAACUGAAAUGUGGAUUCAUGAAGAAUUGGAAUAUUUUCUGUUUAGUUUUUUUGUUUGGUUUGUUUUUUUUUAAACACCCCCCCACCCCCUCUCUCUCCUGACAAGUGCAUUAUGGGAAAUCUCCACAUGGUGUGGGUUAUGCGUGGCUGUGAAAUGGUAAAAUAGUUGUGCAGUAUGUAGUGAGUAGGACGUGUUUUCGGAUGUGAUCGUCACCAUGGCGACGUGUGAGCUGAGAUUAAUGUGACAGUGUUUUUAUGGCAAGUGAAUUGGGACAGAACCCAAAAGAAGCAACAACACAGAGGACCAGUACACACACACACAGAGGUGUGUUGUAUUGCGUUGAGGUGACACACACACAAACACACACACACACACACACACACACACACAGAGGUGUGUUGUAUUGCGUUGAGGUGACACACACACAAACACACACACACACACACACACACACACACACACAGAGGUGUGUUGUAUUGCGUUGAGGUGACACACACACACACACACACAAACACACACACACACACAGUAAGCAUGUAUUUAAUCUGUUAAAUAUCAGAGUAACUCAGCCAAUUUAAAAAUGCCUAAAGUUUCUGAGUUCCAAAACAUGGUUCCAGGUGGAGUUCCUGUCAAUUCUGUUUGUUAAAAGGUUGUGGGUUCCAUCUAAGGAAAUGUUCAUAAGUCAAUAAAAAUCUCUGCAUUUCCAGAUUCUUCAGAAUGUCCAUGGGUCCUGAAAAGGGUCCAAAAAACAUUACAGACGUUCCUGAGGAGGUUUAUUUGUUUCUGAAAAGGUUCCUUGUUUCCAAAAAAAUAUGGUUCCUAAGAAUGUUGCUGGUUCCUGGAAAAAUUUCCUGUUGUUCAAGUGUACUUUAUUGUGAUAUGAGAAUUUAAUAUCAGCACACACACACACACACACACACACACACUCCUGCCUUAUAGACUGUAAAACCUUUGUUGUUUGUGAAUCCAGGACUUUUGACACAGAUGUGUGUAUCACAAAAAGUCGGUUCUAGAGUCACAGCAGUGAAUUUUGAUUCUAGAACGUUCUGAAGAAAGAAAUGACUUUUCUCUGAGGAUCCCUGUGUCAUGGACUGCUGUAAACUUAAACCACCAAUAAGAAACGUGUGUAUUUCAAAUUUACCAGCUAUCUAUCACACACACACACACACACACACACACACACACACACACACACACACACACACACACACACACACAGACCCAGUCUCAGGAAUGAACAGGUUCAUCAUGAACUCCACUGAAGACAUGAAUCUUGAUGUUUGCUAUGAUGAAACGAUUAAAUCGCGAUUUUUUUUGUGACACAGUGAAACGACCUCUUAAUCGUGUCCUCAAACAAACUCUCUAGUUUUUCCUUUCUUUAUCGUACCGUGAUGCGUUUUGCUUUUCUUUUCGCGCCGUUGCAGGCCGGCCGAGUGGAUCAGAACACUCUGAAGUCUCGUGUUGUAACAGCGACAUGUGGCUUGGUGUGUUCGGUUCUGUGUUGAACGAAACACUCACGUUUAAAAAAAAAAAAAAAAAGACAGAGCCCCAAAAAGAAGGAACUUUGUAACUCUUUGAGUCUGUAGACUCAAACAAAAUGUAAGUCUCAAUGACAAAAUGUGUUUGUUUUUCUUCAAUAAAGCCAAACCCUGUUGGUUACGUUUCAGUUU